AUGUCUAAGAGCAGUGAAAAGGGAAAGGCCAGACGUUCCACUACAUCUAUUGUGGAAGAUAUCAUCAUCCCAAAAUCCUUGUUGGUGACUGCAAAGUUCGGUUCGUCUUCGGAAAGGACGAAAUGGGAGGAAAAUCUCCCAAAAAAUGAUCGUGUGCAAUUUGUGAAUGCAGAUGAAGAUGAUGCUGGCCUCAGUCAAAAUGUUCGAUCGAAAAGCCUUGCGCAUAGAAAGCCUAGUCUUGUCCCAUAUAACGACGAUAUUGCGUGCUCCCACGAUGCCAGCUCCAAGCUGGCUGCCGAGAGAUCAGCCAAAUAUACAAGUAUGCAAGAUGUAUAUGAAAAUGCUAAAUCCAGGGGUGUUGCUCUCAAGAGAAGAUACUGGUUGCGGGUCUUGUUCGAGUAUGGCUUUUAUCUUCUCCUGGUCCUCUUCAUAUAUUUUGUGUUGAUCGGUGUGCCUUUGUGGAAAGGUGUUGUCUGGUGGCUCUACUGGGCUGUCAGCCACAAGUUCGUGAUCCGAUGUGGUUGGUCAAUCACUAUAGGUCUUGCAUUCUUAUACGCUUUUUUGCCACUUUUGAUUUUGUUUGAACCGGAUCCUCCCCCCGCAGACACGACAGCUACCACCAAAGACGAUUUGGAAGGCAAUUCCACGAAUGCAAAGUCUACUGCGUUGCUUAUUCCAUGCUAUAAAGCAGCACAAAUCAUUGGACCCACCCUGGAAGCUGCGUUAAAAGUCUUUCCAAAGGAAAGUAUUUUUGUCAUUGCUAAUGGAAACUCUGAAACUCCUCUCGACAAUACCGAAGAGGUCUGCCUUCCUUACGGAGUGAACCACCUCUGGGUUCCAGUUGGAUCAAAGCUUGUCGCACAAUUUGCCGGCUGCCAUGCUGCUAAAGAAUUCGAAUAUGUCCUUCUGAUUGAUGAUGACUGUGCAUUGCCCCCCCAACUUCCCUAUUACCUGGAAUAUAAGAUGUCCGGACUUCAACGGGCUUUCUUCGGCAAGCUCGGUAGUGCAACAUUCCCUCAUGGUGCUAUUUCUAUCUGGAAAACAGAAUGUCUUAAGAUGACUUUUGACGAUCACCCUGGCUUCUCAAUUUCCGAAGAUUGGUUUUUUGGAGAUAGCUGCCGUCGUCUCGGUGGACGCAUUAAGAUGUGCUCCUCAGUCUUUGUAGAGACUGAGACUCCGCCAUCUGUGUUUUUCAGUGGUAGUGGGAACCGCGGUGGCUUUGAUGAGAUGACAAUCUUCCAACAGCGAUUCAAGCGAUGGAACUUUUUCUUCGUCUUAGGGAUGUACUUUGAUUUGAAGUAUAUCUUGAAAAGCUGGAAGCUUGGCUGGUGGGAGAUUGGAGCCAAACUGUGUGUGUUUCAAGAGGUCUAUGAAACUCUCAUCUACCUACUCGCCCCAUUCAUGCUGCCUAUUUCAUUUGUUGUACGCCCACAAUUUUGCGGUAUAUUACUCGGCGCCACCAUUGGUAUGUAUGUUAUCAACGUGGUGAUUUUCAACGAAAUCCACCUCCGAUUAAAAAAGGAGCGCAUCGCCUUACCAGUUCUCAUUCUUUACUAUACCUUCUACAAAAUGGCCCUCACAAUCAUUAAUGUGCUCAGUUGUUAUUGGUCGCUAUUCAAAUAUGCUCGCUACUUUGCUCGGCGCCAUCCUAAAGUCACCGAAGACGAAAAUGCUGUCGAGUUCGUUCUCAGUCUUGAACGGGAGGUUGAAGAACCUACAACUGAAUUGCCUGAUAUCGCUGAGGGUGAGGUGGGAAAAACACCUACCGAGAUCAAGCGUAUUUCUAGACGCAUGAGCGUGACAUUGACCAAGGCUGGGAACCGAUUCAGCUUGGCAUAUGCUCCUGAGGAUCCGGUCUUGUCAGAAAAACCAUCCUCAACUGUGCCCUGA